AUAGAUGAGGGAGUAAAGCAGGGUAAAUAAUACACGCUAAGAGGAAAUAUAACGAAAUGGAGGUAUAAAAGAGUAGUAAAUAUGUACAUGUGCAAAAUUCUGUGUGUCAUUAUGUAAUAAAUAAAUAAAUAUCUCUCAGUUUACACCUCUAGAUGACCAGGAUCAUAACCAGAUAAGGAUUUUCCACAUAAAAAUGCAGGUGUGAAGGCACUUCAGAAAUCUUUAAGACAGAUUUGAACACUAUUGAUCAGACUGAACCAGAAUACAGCCCACCUGUAGUUAUGACUUCUCAUCAUACUAAAAACAUGCGCUCAGCUGAACAAAUAUUAUUCACAAGUAAUCUGUGAUCUGUGUAAUUCUUGGAGCAUCUGCUUUCUUGUAAAUGAACACCAGGGAUCCUACAGUAAUUGCCCUUCAGGACACACGCAUGCGCGAAGGGAAUUGAUUACAGCUGGCGGGAAUCUAUUCCAGAGUCGAUUCUAAGAGUCGAUUCUGCACAGUUUUCUGGAUUUUUCUCGUAGAAACGUUGCAAUAAACAAACAAACAAACAAAUAAAUGCAGAGCAGCUAUAUGUCAUGUUAAUGACAAGGGACCUUGACACAUUUUUGACGAUGAUGUUAAAUUUCAUCAUGCUAACUGGGAGAGCUAACGCUAGCUGGAUUUAAAGGCAGGUUUUUCAUACAUUUUAAAAUAAAAUGCUGUCACAAUUCUGAUUUUUUGUGGUCCUUUUUCUCAGACAGUGACAACUGAACAGAUAUUACUUGGUUAAUUCACGAGGUUUGUGCCGAACUUGAAUCUUGAAAACUGAAUCAUUUUCACUGAGAGGAAUCGACUCCACAACUUAGGACUCGACUCACGUAUAGGAGAUUCGAUUCUUUCCAGCCUAAAGCAGAGCAGAAGCCGCACCUCUAUGUGGAUUAUUCGGUUUGUACUGGAAUUAUAGCACUAAAAGUCAGUUUAGAGCUACGAAAACAAGUCGGUAACAUACCAGAAUUAAAAAUAUUAGAGUUAAUUCUGCAGGAUAAAAUGUGAUAAGUGAAGCAUUGAAAAUAUCUGUUUGAAGUUGAACUUUAGCCUUUGAGUGACUCUCUUUGACCAAAAAUAUGAAGAAAAGCUCACAUUAAUAGCUUUGUGAAUUAUUUUAUAUAUAGUAGAUAAAAAUGGAGCAUUGUUUAAGGAUUUUAUUGCAGUUUCUGAUCAUUUUAUUCCUAUUAUGUGUAAAGUCAUGGGCACAGGUGUAUAACCUCAGUGUUUCUGUUGAGGAGGGUUUACCUGUAGGAACCAUAGUAGGGGACGUAAGAGCUGCUUUGCCUCCAGGUGUACAAAGCAGUGGGUUCUUCAUAUCCGAGAGCACAGACUCAGACGUUUUCCGUGAUCUGAAAAUAGAUACGGAGACAGGAAUCAUUUCUACAUCUGCAGUUCUGGACCGGGAGCGCAGAAACAGAUAUGAAUUUUCCACUACAAGCUUGACAAGACAGGUGAUUAGGGUUCAAGUGGAGGUCAGAGACGUGAAUGAUCACGCACCUGAGUUUCCUGAAGGAAUCGUGAUGCUAAACAUGUCCGAAUGGACUCCAGCUGGGACAACAUUCCACCUGGAUGCUGCAGGAGAUCAAGAUGAAGGCAGGUUUGGUGUUCAAGGGUACAGAAUUUUGGAAAGUAGCACAGAGGGAGUUUUCAAACUGGACGUCCAGAGUAUGGAUUUGGUUCUUGUGAAAGAGCUGGAUAGAGAAACUGUGGAUUUCUAUAAUCUGACCAUCGAGGCUUUUGAUGGUGGGGUACCUCCAAAAACCGGGCACUUACAAGUUAACGUUAAUGUUUUGGAUGAGAACGACAACCACCCCGUGUUCAAUCAGACUGACUAUCAAGCUUUCAUUUGGGAAAACACCCCUGUAUUAACACCUGUGUGCCAGGUAAACGCUCAUGAUCCAGAUUUUGACUCUAACGGCCUCGUCACGUAUGAGAUCAACCAACUCCAGAGCAACUCGGAUGAGUUUUUCAUCAUUGACAGAAAUACAGGUAUCAUUCGGGUGAAUAAGAUUUUGGACUACGAAACCAGGUCAUCUUUUGAGCUGGUUGUGACGGCGCAGGAUCGCGGAUCUCCUCCGAAAUCCAGCAGCGCGUCUGUGGAAAUCAGGAUUCUGGAUGUCAAUGAUAACAGCCCAAAUAUUAGCAUUGUGUUUUUGAGUGAACGUGGAGAUCCAGAGGUUUCUGAAGGUGCUGGUUAUGGAGAUUACGUGGCCAAAAUCAGCAUUUCAGACCCAGAUUUGGGAGAACCAAACAAAGUCAGCGUGUUCCUUGAAGGCGGAGAGGGCAAAUUCAGCUUAAAGUCUGUAGAUGAGUUUUUGUAUGCUUUAUGCGUGGAUGGCACGCUUGACAGGGAGGAGAAGGAUCAAUACAAGCUCACCAUCAUCGCCUCGGACUUUGGUUCUCCUCCUUUGAGAAGUGAGAGGACGUUUGUUCUACGAAUUUCUGAUGUGAACGAUAAUGAACCGGUUUUUGAGCAAAAAAUCUACCAAUCGAACAUUUUCGAGGAUGCUCCCGAAGGAAGCUCAGUUAUACAGGUCAAGGCCCAUGAUGACGAUGAGGAUUCUGGGAUGUUAUACUCGAUUUUACAGUCGGAUCAAAGUUUUCUGGUGAAUAUUGACCCCCUGACUGGUAUCAUCAGCACUGCUGCAGGUUUGGACCGAGAGCGAGAGUCAGAUCUGGUGUUUUUGGUGGUGGCGGUGGACUCUGGGUUUCCUCCUUUAACCUCCACAGCUACUGUCAGCAUCUGCGUAGAGGAUGUCAAUGAUAAUGGACCUGUAUUCCAACAACAGAUCUACAACACCACCAUUCGGGAACACGUAGCCAUCGGAAGCUGCUUUAUCCAGGUAACUGCUGAGGAUGCUGAUGGUGGCGAGUUCGGAACGGUGCGUUACAAUUUUUCUGAAGCGUUUAACACUGAAUACACACGCAAACUGUUUUACAUCAACCCCAUUACUGGAGAGAUCUGUGUGUCUCAUGACAUCGAUCGUGAUGCAGGCCUGGUGAACUUUGACCUUUUGGUAAAAGCUGAAGACCAAGGAGGCCUCAGCUCACAGACGUAUCUUCACAUCGAUGUAGAGGAUGUGAAUGAUAAUGCUCCUGUAUUUAACCCAGAGAAAUACAUCAUAAAUUUAAGUAGAAACAUUCAGCCAGGAGCUGAAAUCCUCACUGUCUUUGCCACUGACAGAGACUUGGAUAUCUACGGACGAAUCUCAUAUGAGCUUCUCCCCAGAGACCACGCCUCUUUUUUCUCUGUGAACGAAUCAUCAGGUACACUUUCUGUCUCCUCCACUCUCUCUGAGCUGGGCACCAGCAGUGUGCGACUCACUGUCUCCGCCCAUGAUGGAGUGGGUGUGGCCUCUCCGAGACCUGCUGACAUCAUCAUCAACAUUCUGAAUACUGACCACGCCCCUGUGCUCUUCCAAAAAGCUCACUACAGCUUCUCAGUGUCUGAGGAUUCUCCUCCCGGCACCUCUGUGGGGAAGGUGCAGGUUGUAAGAGGUCAAGAUUCGGUGGAUGCUCAUGUGUAUCGAAUCUCCGCUGGUGACCCUGAGGGAUUUUUCUCUCUGGAUUCGCAGUCUGGUGUAAUUUACACCAACAUUUCCCUGGAUCAUGAGUCCCUACCAAGUGCACUUCUCACUGUUCAGGCUCACACUGGUACUUCGCCCAUUUACAGCACCACUCACGUCCACAUAAUCAUCACUGACAUCAAUGACAACCCACCUGUCUUCCCCAUGACCUUCGAUCUCAUCACAAUAUCCCAGAAAGCUCUUCCUGGGACGACGCUUUAUGUAGCACACGCUCAUGACAGCGAUAGUGGCGCUAAUGGACAGAUUCGCUACUUUCUGCGUCCAGAGAGCCAGUUAUUCACCAUUCAUCCUCAUUUUGGGACUCUAACGCUAAAGAGCAGCAUUACAAAAGACACUCCACAGAGAUAUGAGCUCAACGUGGUGGCCGAGGAUGAAGGAAAUCCAUCUUUAAGCUCCUCAAUGAGCCUUACGGUGGAGCUUGACUGUUCAGCGAACACGAAGGACGUGCUAGCCUUCGAGACGCUAAUCUACCAAGUCGAGAUUGGAGAAAAUGCUCAAAGUGGCACUCGUGUCAUCCAAGUGCGUGCGCAUGGGAUCAAAUCACAGCCUGGAUCCCGUUUACCCAGAAUCCUCAGCUACUCUAUGGAGCCUCUGUCCACAAUGUUACCAUUCCUUAUCCAGCCUGAUAGCGGCUGGAUCUUUGUGGCUCGCGGUCUUGAUUACGAGUCAGAGAGGAUGUACAGGUUUCACAUUCGUGCCACAGCUCAAGAUGAUAAAGAAGUGAGCGCUUCAGCCACGGUGAUCAUCUCAGUGCAGGAUGAAAACGAUAACACUCCAGUUUUCAGCAGAGACAGAUACUUUUUCAGCGUCCCAGAGGGUCUGAACCCGCGCGGCCUGAUGGGAAAGUUGAACGCUACAGAUAGAGACUCGGGGAAAAAUGGACAGCUGUCCUACAUCCUGCUGUCUGAUACCAAACACUUCCGCAUCAACUCUAAAACCGGAGAGCUGAUUAACUGGGCGGCUCUAGAUCGGGAGCAUCAACCUCAGCACACUCUGAGAGUAUUGGUGACUGAUCACGGUCAUCCUCGCCUCAACUCCACCGCAACCGUCCACAUAACCGUGACCGAUAUCAAUGACAAUCCACCUCAGUUCACACACCAGGAGCUCAACGUGCAGGUAUGUGACGACCUCCCUGUCCGUUCGGUCAUAACGAGCAUGUUUGCUAAGGACCUGGAUGCAGGAGAAAAUGGGACAGUCACAUUCUCUCUAAGAGAAGAGGAUGGAAAGGGUCAUUUUGAGAUUGACAGUCAGAGUGGAGAAAUCAAGGUUACAGCAAGAUUUGACCAAAACCACCAGAUGAACUACACCAUCGGGGUGGUUGCUAUAGACAACGGUGCUGCCCCUGUAGAGCAGAUAGCACUUGUACACAUACAGGUACACACUUGUACUCGGGUGCAAGGACAUAAAGUGGGCAGUCGUGAUUUUUUGGGUCUCCGACGUUUAAUUGUCAGAGAGGAUGCCAGCGUGGGAUCUCUGAUCGGCUCACUUGGAGUUUCCAGGGUAGCUAGUCAGCUGUUGCGCUACACUGUCGCUAAUGGAGAGGGGAGUUUGCACUUUACUACUGACGCAGCGAAUGGCAAUAUUUAUAUAGCGAAGGCUAUAGAUUAUGAGACUAAUCAGCAGCACUGUUUCGAAGUUCAUCCCAAUUUUAACGCCACUAUUCUAGUGGCUGUCAGCGUCGAGGAUGUUAAUGACCAUGCCCCCAGUUUCCCUGGCAACAACAGCAUUGUGGUGUUCGGUGUUCAGGAAGAUGUUGCCGUAGGAACCGUAGUGUACGUCUUUAAAGCAGUCGAUGGUGAUGCGACUCUUCGUAACAGUGCUAUUCGUUACACGAUGACCUUUGACCCAACCCUUACUACGGAAAAACUGCCGUUCAGAAUUGACCCUGAUACUGGGGUUGUCUCAACAGCUUUGCCGUUGGAUCGUGAGCGCAAUCAAAGUUUUGCCUUCAUUGUCACCGCCAGCGACAGCAGACACUUUGACUCGGUGACGGCACAAGUGUUCCUAUUGGACAUCAACGACAACAUCCCCGCCUUUGUUUCAAAUGAAACGGUUCACAUAGCAGAGGACACAGAGGUCGGGAGUCUUCUACAUCAUUUCCUGGCCAGAGAUGAAGAUGAAGGAGAGAACAGUCACAUGACCUUUAGUCUGAUCUCUGGAAAUGAGGCUGGAAUGUUUCGUUUGGAGAGAUCAGGUCACUUGUAUUUGAACUCCUCGCUGGACUAUGAAUCCCAGCAUGCCUUUGGGCUCACAGUGCAGGUCUCAGACGGUGGGACACCGUCUCUGUCCUCCACUCAGACUCUGACCGUGCUGCUGAUGGAUGUGAACGAUGAGACGCCGCUGUUUGAGCAGAACCUUUACAGAGCCAGCGUGAUGGAGAACAGAGAGCCAGGAGAAGCAGUGAUUACAGUGAGAGCAUUGGACUUGGACUCAGGUGAGAAUGCUAAUAUAAGCUACAGCCUCUUGCCUGGUGCUGGACAUGAGUUUUUCACCAUCGACUCACACACUGGUCUUAUUAGCACAUCCACAAAGCUGGACAGGGAACUGCAGCACAGCUUCACUCUCAGAGUUCAGGCAGAGGAUGCCGGGAUUCCUGCUCUCUCCAGCACAACUACAGUCGUUUGCUCUGUGCUCGACGACAACGAUAAUCCUCCUGAGUUCUCCCAGUCAUUCCUCCACAUCGUUAUACCGGAGAAUCUCCCUCCAGGCGUCAUUCACACCACUGUGACCUUUGACCCUGACAAUGGGAUCAAUGGAACGGUGACCUACUCUAUAGAGAAUACAUUUGGAGAUUUCUUUAUCGACUCAGAGACUGGAGCUGUCAGCACUACAAACUCUCUGGAUAGAGAGAAACGUUCUAUUUACACACUCAUCAUUAAGGCUGCUGAUCAGGGCUCCGCUCCUCUCACCUCCACUGCCACUCUUUCUAUAAAUCUCUCAGACGAGAAUGAUAACAAUCCCACUUUUGACCAAACUACCUACCGCGCCAUCGUUAGCGAAGACCUUCCUCUUGGCAGUGAGAUUCUCCGUCUUAAUGCUCGAGACCCAGAUGAGGGUCCAAACGCCGAAGUUAUCUUCUCCCUGAUUGAGGAAACAUCCGGGACAUUUUCUGUGGACGCCUCUACAGGAGCCGUGCGUUUAACAAAGCCUCUGGACCGAGAAAUUCAAUCACAGUACAAUCUCCGUGCUGUAGCGACAGACGGCUGUAGUCAGGGUCCGCGUAGUUCUGUCGUAACUGUUAAUAUUCAGGUGGAGGAUGUUAAUGAUAACAUGCCUCACUGCAUUAACGACCCAAUAAGGGCAUCAGUAGGUGCAGGAAAUAACCAAACUGUCACCAUGGUGACAGCACAUGAUCCAGAUCAAGGUGAAAACGGUACGGUGGUGUUCAGGUUAAUGGAGGAAGACGAGCUAUUUCAGAUUGACCAAUCAACCGGAGAGGUCCGGAUGAAAUCCCCCAUGACGGCCAGUGCAUCAGGGACAAAGACGUUGAAGAUUUGGGCUGUAGAUAAAGGCUCGCCUGCGCUCACCUCCACGUGCCUUGUGAUAAUUACCCUCAACGGAGAUGAGCCUCUGCUGCAGUUUACCGAGAAACACUACGAAGUGAGCUUACCUGAGAACAGUGAAACAGGCUCCUGGGUGGGAAAUGUUGUAGCUCAUGAUCAGAGUGCUACAGAAAUCACAGUGAAGUACAGUAUUUUUAGCGGCAAUGAGAACGGAGCGUUCAGCAUCGAUUCUAACACAGGUGAUAUAAUAGUUAGAAAUCAGCUCCUGCUGGACUUUGAGAGGGAGCGUGAGGUUCAUCUGGUGGUUUUGGCAGAAAAUGGCCGCCAUUCAGGCCAUGCCAAAGUGACAGUUACUCUACAGGAUGUAAACGACAAUGCUCCAGUGUUUAAACAAACAUACUACAGAACUGCUGUCUGGGAGGGACAGAUUCCUAACACUUAUGUCAUGCAGGUGUUAGCAGUGGAUGCUGACAGUGGUAUGAAUGGGCAGAUAGAUUACUCCAUAGUGGAUGGAAAUCAAAACAAUGCCUUCAUGAUCGACUCCGUACGUGGGAUUCUUGCCACCAGUGCAGUCCUUGACCGAGAAAUCAUCUCCUCUUACAAGUUGAUUGUUGAGGCGAAAGACAGAGGAAAUCCUGCUCUGACAGGAACAUGCAUUAUUCAAGUUCAGGUUGUGGAUGUUAACGACAACAGACCAGUGAUACCAGCAAUGGAACCUCUAGUGGUCCCUGAGAAUUAUCCACCUGGCCAUAUUGUCACCCAAGUAAUGGCUGCUGAUGUCGAUCUUGGUUCUUCAAUCACCUACAGUUUAGCCCAAACAGAGGAGGCAAAUGGGAGCUUUGCCAUUGACUCCUAUUCUGGAAUAAUCACAUCUCUAAAGAGCCUGGAUUAUGAGGAGCAAAUCUUACAUAUACUGACAAUAGUAGCGUCAGAUUCAGUACAUCAGACGGAGGCACAGAUAACUGUUAAAGUUUUGGAUGUAAAUGAUAACGCGCCAGUGUUCUCUCAGGAGUUUUACCAGGUAGUGUUGCCAGAACUGACACCUGCAGAUGUGUUUGUGGUGGCUGUAUCAGCUACAGACAGAGACUCGAGUGUGAAUGGCAAGAUUUCCUACAAGCUUCUCUCCUCCACAAACAGUGGCUUCUCUAUCAAUAAUGAAAAUGGUUCUAUAUAUACCAACAAGCCUCUGAAGUAUGUCGCUGGCAGCAGCAUCCUUCGGCUUCUGGUGGAAGCUCGGGACGGAGGCGAUCCUAGUCUUUCUAGUGUCACAUCUGUAGAUAUAGAGGUGCUGGACUCCAAUGACCAUGCACCUUUUUUCCAGCACAAAACAUAUCAGGUGAGUGUGUGUGAGGACACACCUGUUGGAAGUGUACUCCUUACCCUGCUGGCUCAGGACCAGGAUUAUUCUGAGGAAAACACCCACAUAGAUUAUACCAUUACUGGGGGAAAUGAGGAGAGACGUUUCUGCAUCGAAGCCGGUGCAGUGCCUACAGAGUUCCAGAAAAGUACUGUGGGUUAUUUAGUGCUGUGUGACACUCUGGACAGAGAAACCACAGACACAUACUCAUUAACUGUUACUGUGAUGGAUAGAGGAGUGCCUCGGCUAAACAGCUCAACGAUAGUCUCAGUCACGGUACUUGAUAUCAAUGACAAUGAGCCAGUUUUUAGCAGCUUGGAAUACUACGUGCAGAUCAGUGAGAACAACCGGUUAAAUACUUUCCUGGUCUUGGUGUCUGCUCAAGAUCCAGACCAUGGACUAAAUGGCACUGUAAGGUAUGACAUCAUCUCUGGUAACAGUAAAGGUUUGUUCCGACUGAACUAUCAAACAGGUAUUCUGGAAGCCAAUGGCACUCUGGAUUAUGAAGACGAAACUAAACACAUCUUAACUGUCCAAGCAUCAGAUGGUGGUGGUACAGACAACAGGAAGGUGUCCUUUGCAGUGAUAUUCAUCACAGUGCUUGAUGAGAAUGAUCAUUUGCCCUUCUUUAGGUUCCCUACCAUCAAUUGUUCGGUAGCAGAAAACCUCCCUGCUUUUACUCCAGUAUGCAUAGUCCAUGCUAUUGAUCAGGAUGCAGGGAGUUUUGGCUUGCUUACCUACUCCAUCCUGACCUCCUGUUUCAUGGACUAUGGCAGUGGAAACCAAGAUGCGAAUGAGGCCUUCACCAUUGACCCUCUCACUGGAGAAAUCCAUACCAGACAUAUAUUUGACUAUGAGAGAACAAGUGAAUACUGUUUUGUGGUAGAAGCCACAGAUAAAGGAGAUCAAGCUGCUACGGUGAGGGUUCAGGUGGACAUCGAAGGUGUGGACGAGUUUAGUCCAAUGUUUACCCAGAAGCUGUACUAUUUCACUCUGCCAGAUAACGCCAUAGUGGGCCAAAGCAUUGGUCAUGUGACAGCCAUGGAUUACGAUAGGGGUCAGGAUGGCAUCGUGGAGUAUAAUUUAGCGAAGCCAUCACACUUUUUCAAUGUCAACAAAAACACUGGCAGUAUCUAUAUCUCAAACCCAGUGUAUCAAAGAAGAGGUAACAUAGCCACGAGUGAGGCUGUUGAAGACUUCUUGAUUCUGGCAAGUAGUCCAAAGCUUGAUUCCAGGUCAACGACUUGCCGUGUUGUUGUGAAUAUUUCCAAUUCAGCAGAAGCUCUAACCAGUGUUGCUGUUCGUGUCCAGACUGUCAGCCUUAGUGUUUCAUUAGCAGUGUUCUUCUUGCUCUUUAUAAGUAUAAUUGCUCUUAUAUUCAGGUACAGAAGUAAAAAGAAUGAACUUAAGCAGACUGUUUUAUUAGCUGCUGAUAUCAAGCGUGGACCUAUAACAUAUAACGAUACCCGUGGCCUAAGUCAAGACAUGCGAGGAAAGAGUGACCUAUUCAGGAACUCUGGAUCAAGUGGACGAGGUUCUGCGGAAGGUGAAACUGCUGAAGAUGUAAUGAUGAUAAGUGAGUACCAGUGUCUCAAGCAGCCUGAUGCAGUCAUGCCUGAACCAGAAUUGGGGAUCCCUCUUGACUCAGACCAGAUUUCCUGCAAUUCGGUUGACACGUAUCUAGGAAAUCGCCAAAUGGUGGGAAUACCCAGUGUUGAGAGUCUCUAUAAUUUUAAAGAAGAAGGAGGAGGUGAAGGGAUGUUGCCUCACAUGGUCAACAUGAUGGAGAUGGAUGAGGUCAUAAGAAGCUGCAUGUCUUUAUCUGAGCACCAAAAUAUCACUAAUCUGAUUUGCACAGAGAAACACCUGAGUGGGAACUAUAACUGGGACAAACUUUCAAAUUGGAAGCCUUAUUUCCAAUUCCAGCCAACUAUCUUUACCAACAAAAGUGUGUUUCCUGAAAAGGAACCUAGGGAAGGUGAUAUUAACAUGGAGCUUCAUAGCCUUCUGCACCUGCCUUCCCAGCCAAACCUUCACGCCAUACCUUCUAGGAUACCACAAAGAAUGGAAUACUUUGGUAAAAAGCCCUCCAACCCCAAAUAUAAAUAUUCAUGUUUGGCAAAAAUCCCAGAACCAAAUAAUUUUGUCAUGACCUCUGACUUUUCUCCUUCUCCAUCCCUUCUAACUCUGAGGACAACUAAUGCUUCUCCUGUGGUCUCAGAAACUGGACUGGGUAGCUUUACCAAAAUUGCGUUACAGCCAGUAGAUGUCUUGGACGAUGCAGAGAUAUAAUUGCAGUAUUUGCUGUGCAAUGUAAUGAAUGUAACGCAAUGCAAUGUAAUGUAACUACUUUUUAAAAACCUUUUAAUUUAAUUGAAUAUUAAACUGGAUAAUGAAAGAAAAGGUCUACACUUCAUAUUUUGAUUUUGCAUUGCAGUUGGUUUCUCUUGGUUUAUUAAGACUAUUCUAUCUCUUCUCAUUAGAUAUAGAAAUUGUUAGUGCUGGAAUAACUACAUAUAUUAUGCAUUAAGAUAAUAAUUUAAUUUAUUAUUCAAACCAGACUUGACAUACAGUACAAAAACCUAUUAUAUUUCUCACUAAAAUGUUCAUUAGAUACCAAAAUAUAAUAUUCUUCUUUAACUUGAAUAUACAACAAAUGAUUAAAAUAAUAUGACAGUGGAAUGUAUUUUAAUGUAUUCACUGUGCUGUAUUUCUGAAUAUCAUUGUAUCAAAAUGUCAGAAGUCUGAAGAUCACCUUAGUUUACGGUGAUUGAUAUAUGAAAUUGAUGUCAAAGUUUGUUUAUCAAGAAGAGUCAGAACAUUUGGCCAUUUUAACUUAUAUUAUUUUGUAUUUAUAUAAAAUGCAAUAUAUUAAUAAAUGGUUUUAAUCUCAA